AUGGUGCAACUUGAUGACGGCCUGGAGGCUGCUACACACGGUACCAUUGAUGUUUUACAGUCAUCAUCCGACGAUACGCUCGACCUGGCAUUCGUCAAUACUGCAGAGAAGCCUGAAAGCAGUGAAACCUGGGAUUGGGAUAAUGAUCCGAGCAAUCCUUACAAUUGGCCAACAAUUCAGAAAGUUCUGCAAGUGAUGAUGAUUGCAUGGGCGGCUUUUACAACGUUGGUUAUUCCUUCCGCGCAACGUGAAGGUGACUUCAAAUCUGACAUGUUAUUCAGGAGUGUUGGAGUCUCUAUUAUCUCACCCGCUCACUCGCAGUUCAUGGAGGAAUUUGGCGUCAGCAGCACCGUCGCUAUAUUACCCAUGUCACUCUACGUUUUUGCUCUAGCCCUUGGUCCUAUCGUUGGAGGACCUCUUUCUGAAACUGUCGGGAGAUACCCAAUCUACAUCGGAGCGAUAACUCUGGGAACUUUGUUCACUCUAGGGGUUGGGUUUUGUCCCACGUUUUCUGGGCUUUGUGUUUUACGUUUCUUGGCUGGUUUCUGCUAUGCACCAACUCUGGCGAUUGCGGCCGGAACUAUCAAUGAGACGUUCAAACCAGUCCACCGCGCUCUUCCCUCGGCUAUCUUUAUUCUCACGCCUUUUCUGGGUCCUGGUCUAGGGCCGGUUAUUGGAAGUUUCGUUGUCAAUCGGAAAGGCUGGCGUUGGACACAGUGGACAACGAUCUUCUUCGCGAUCGUGACUGGAAUCAUAAUUUCAAUUGCGAAAGAGACUUUUCAUCCUAUCAUCAAGCGUCGUCGUGCCCGGGAACUAGGAUUAGAAGCUCCCCCAUCAGCACCUCUCUCGUCCAAGCUACGCCUAUUUGUAACCAUUUCUCUCCUCCGCCCUAUCCAUAUGCUCCUAACUGAACCCAUCGUUGGCUUCAUUUGCCUUUACGUUGCUUGUGAAUUUGCGACACUCUUCUCGUUCUUCGCAGCCUUUCCAUUGAUCUUCCAAGGUACCUAUCAUUUCAACAUCGAGUCCUCCGGCCUAGUCUUCUUGGCCAUUGUCGUUGGAUGUCUACUCGGAACUGUGACAGUCAUACUAUGCAACGUCUUUCUUUACCUCCCGAAAGUCGCAAAUCAUCCGGAGGGGCAAACACCACCCGAAUAUCGCCUCUAUCCAGCACUAAUAGGUAGUGUUGGAUUGCCGAUCGGACUGUUCUGGUUUGCGUGGACUGCCAGGGCUGAUAUCUCCUGGGCAAGUCCCGUCGUUGCAAUCAUGGUUUUUGGAUGGGGCAAUCUAUGUGUCUUUGUGAGCACAACACAGUACCUCGUUGAUACUUAUCAUGGCCUCACUAUCGCGAGUGCCAUGAGCGCCAAUGGGUUGGCACGUUAUGGACUCGCAGCUGCGUUCCCUCUGUUUACCGUCCAAAUGUACACCAGGCUCGGUACAGGGUGGGCCUCUAGCGUGCUUGGGUUUAUUUCAGUGGCACUUUUGCCUGUUCCUCCCUUCGCCUGGAUAGCGUUCCAUGCUUUGAAGACGUCCCCUGUCUUUGAAAAAUGUGACAUUGACUAUGUUCCCGUCUCCGUGCGAGGACUGUUCCAGUUGUGCAAGAACACGCCCCCUUUGGCCGUCAAGAACAAGGCCCAAUGGUUGAAUCAAGAACGCAUUUACUGGGCUCGUCGCUUCCAGGUUCCCAUGUCCGAAGCCCUCCCGGAAGCAUUUCCGGCAUCCACUUCGGAGGUCCAGCUUGCUCUAUGCCUUGUGGCUAAACAAUGCCCCGAUAAGAUUAUCCCCAUCAUGGAUAAUAUCUAUCGUGGCUUCUGGGAAGAGGGUGACGCGAAUGUCCUCACUCAGCCCGGUUUCUCUCCUAUCUUUGAAAGUGAACUUGGGCCCGAAAACGCUAAGCGGAUCAUGGAUGAGUUCAAAGGUACCGAGACAAAAGACAUUUUGGAUGAAAACACACAACAGGUCGUCAACUCCGGCGGCUUCGGUUUGCCUUGGUUUGAUUGCAUAGAUGCACAGGGGUCAAAGGAAAGCUUCUGGGGAAUUGAUCAUUUGGGACGUCUUGUGGACUUUUUGCAACUAGAUGCAAACCUAGACAAGUCUUUCCGCGUCUUACUCUAG